AUGCUGCAAUAUGUGUGCUACCUCCUUUCACGUCCCCAGCAAUCCCUGUGGUCGCGCAAGUUCAAGCACGUGUAUGGGGUGGAUGAGGCGGGGCGAGGGCCGCUGGCAGGACCACUGUCAACCCCUCUCCCCUCCCUCCCUUUCACUCCCCAUCCCGCUCUCCUCCCAGCAAUCCCUGUGCAAUCCCUGUGGUCCCGGGGGUUCAAGCACGUGUACGGGGUGGAUGAGGCGGGCCGAGGGCCGCUCGCAGGGCCCGUGGUGGCUGCUGCUUGUGCCGUGCCUGCUGGGUUGGAGAUCCCAGGUCUAGCAGACAGCAAGAAGCUCACAGAGAAGCAAAGAGAGGAGAUAUUCGAUGCCAUUAUCGGGAACCCCCACAUUUUUUACGCUGUGGACAUAGUGGGGCCAGCGGAGAUCGAUAGGGUCAACAUUUUUGAGGCAACGAUGCUAGCGAUGGCAAACACUAUUGCUAAAGUGGUUGAGGACCCCCAAAGUCCAUCCCCUGACUAUGUGCUAGUGGACGGUAACAGGGUUCCUAAGGGGCUGCCCUGUGCUGCCGAGGCUGUUGUCAAGGGUGAUGCCACAUGCUAUGCCAUCGCGGCUGCUUCCAUCCUUGCCAAAGUGACAAGGGAUCGACUCAUGCUCAAAUUCGACAGGCUCUACCCAGCAUACGAUUUCAAGCAGCACAAGGGCUACGGCACAGCUGCGCACAUGAAAGCACUCCUAGCUCACGGUCCUUGCCCCAUCCACCGCCGAUCCUUCGCCCCAAUCAAGGACUGGACUGUUCUAGACUAG